GGAAGCUCGAGUCGACACGGCUGAGGGUUUGAUAUCAACAGCGUUGUCCUGCCCGUAUAAACCAUAAACAGAAACAAUAGUAAAGAGCAGAGUCGCAGCUCAGCGUGGAUUGAACAUGAAGGAUAAAGAGGAGACCGUCGCGGUUAAGCGGACCGGUUCGGAGCAGAGGAAGCUGCGGUCUCGUGAUGCAGCCAGAAGUAGGCGGAGUCAGGAGACGGAGGUGUUUUAUGAGCUUGCCAGCACUCUGCCGCUCCCCCGUCGAGUCUGCACCCACCUGGACAAAUCCGCCAUCAUGAGAGUCGCCCUCAGCUUCCUGCGGAUGCACCACCUCCUCAGACCCGGUAAGAAUCAGAAAGAGGAGUCUGAAGAGGAGGGGGAGGAGGACGAUCCAAUGGAUGCUUUCUAUCCUCAGGCGCUGGCGGGCUUCGUCAUGGUGAUGACCGAGGAGGGAGACAUGAUCUACCUGACGGAAAACGUCAGCAAAUAUCUCGGAAUCACGCAGCUGGAGCUGCUGGGUCAGAAUAUUUAUGACUUUAUUCAUGCCUGUGAUGAGGAGGAGCUCCGGGACCUGCUGACUCCACGUCCAGGUUCGAGUAAGAAACUGUUGGCAGAACAGCCGAGUGAGAGGAACUUCUUCCUGCGAAUGAAGAGCACUCUGACCAGCAGGGGGCGCACCGUCAACAUCAAGUCUGCUACCUGGAAGGUUUUCCACUGCACCGGUCAUAUGCGUCAGUUGGCUGGCGGCUCCACGUCACCCUCUGUAGGCAGAGUGAUGACCCUGCUGUGUGAACCCAUCCCUCACCCGUCCAGCGUGGAGUUCCCCCUGGACACGUGCACCUUCCUCACCCGCCACAGCAUGGACCUGCGCUUCACACACUGCGAGGGCAGGGUGACCGAGUUGGUGGGAUACAAACCUGAAGAUUUGAUUGGCCGCUCAGCCUACGAGUUUUAUCACGCACUCGACUCCAAUCACGUCAACAAGAGCCUGCACACAUUGCUGUCCAAAGGUCAGGUGAGCACCAGACACUACCGUUUCCUGGCAAACAGCGGCGGGUUUGUCUGGGCCGAGACUCAGGCGACCGUCCUCUACAGCAGCAAGAUGUCGAAGCCAGAGGCCAUCGUCUGCCUCAACUUCAUACUCAGUGCCGUGGAGCAGCCAGACGUUGUUUUCUCUGUGGAGCAGAUCCGUUGUGGCCAGCUGCCUAAAGCCGAACCCAACUCACCAGCGCUUGCACCAGAGAAUUGUGGGACAUCUGACUUCAGUGACUCUGACCCCGACAGUGAGCAUCUCAGCAGCUCCAGUCAGACUGAGGACGAAGAUUUGAAUCCCAGCAGCACUGCAGAGAUCUUCAACAAACUGAAGGAGAAGCCGGAGGAGCUUCUUCUGUUGGCUCCUGCCGCCGGAGAUGGCAUUGUCCCGCUGAUAGGAGAUUUAGUUGAGCUGUCGUUCGCCAGUCCUCCCAGUCCAGUGUCAGUGCCAGACCACCCUCAGGACCUGUGCACUCCACAGCUGCGAAAGCUCCUCUCCCCCAUCUUCAGCCCUCUCACUCCACCUUUAUCAUCAUCAUCAUCAUCAUCAGCAGCCUCCUCACCUGAUCCUGAGCCAGUGAUGAGCCCCUGUAAGGAGGAGAAAGAGGUGACUGACACCAGCAUGGUGGAGCAGUUCUUUGCCGUUUGGCCAGAAGAUAAUCAGCCGAAAGGAGAAACACAGGAGCUGGAGAUGAUGGAUCUGGACAUGUUGGCUCCUUAUAUCUCCAUGGACGAUGACUUCCAGCUGACCGUCUUCAGCAGUUUGCCAGAGGAAGCAGACAAACCUCCAUCCUCUUCGUCUGAACCCUCAACUGUCACACCUGCAGUCACAGUGAGCAGGAAACGGACUCGAAACCCAGAUGAGGCGGUGCUGUCCCAGCUGAUGAUUCAGGACAAGAGACAGAAACAAGAUCCUUCCUCAAUCGAAGAGGAACUUCUCCUCAGCCACAGAUUUCUGGGCUCUCUGGAGGAAACCUACCAAUCAGAUUUGUUCCUUGACUCGGGUCCUGGCAGAAAAAAUCCUCUUCUCACAGACAGAGACCCUAUUUUAGGAGGCAUUCAGGGACUCUGUGAUACUGCAGCUCUGAUGAGGGACAUAUUUACACCUCGUCCACCGGACCUGUCGCCGCCUCUCUCACCUAUGACUUGACGGAGCUCCUUUCCAAUCAAAGAGUCGACUCAACGCCGGACAUGAUAAUAGACUCACGCUGCGAACCGUCACCUUGUUGCUUGUAGCUGAAACAAGAAGUGAUAACAUGUUAUAAAGCAGGUGGAAGGUGCUGCCCAGUUGUUGCUUGUGUUCCUUCAACAUUACGCGUCAUCACUGAUUUUAAUGUGAGAAACCAGCAGGUGGUGCUACAUUUUUUUUAAAUCCUACACAGUGAGCCAAAUCUUUCAAAUAUAUUUCUCUUUGCAGCUUUCAACUUUAUCACAUUUAAUCCGUUGCAGUGAGUCUUGUCGUCAAAUCCAUAAUGCUCUAUUUUAAUAUUUUUUUUCAAUCUCACUGCAAUUUUGUGAAAUUACAGACCAUGGAUGUGUAUUCUAAGAACUGGAGACCGGCCCACAAUAGUGACCGCCCACUUUUUGAACAGCUCUGGAAGUGAUUUUCCCCAUUCAAUAUCUCCAUUGACGUUUCAUGAGUUUUAAGCCUGGAACCAAGCCAACCAGCUACGAGGUGAAUCAUGACCAUAACAAUUGAUUCGGCGCAAAGAAAAAAAAACAUUUUGAAAACUGAAACAAGUCACAACGUACAACAAGCCUGUGUUCAUAAACGAUCAUAGACUUCAGUGGUAGCAGCUUGCUAGCAGUUUAUAGGUGCAGUAAACCUAUCCAUGGUAACAGCAAGUUCCAAUCAGAUGUCGCUGUUAUGCUUUAGGAUUGUGGGUAGUGCAGUACAACCAUGUGUUUCUUAAAACAAGGUUCAUUUUGAUAUGGACUUUAGCUUCCACAGGAGCAGAAACCUUCAUUUUACUUUUAAAACAGACAUCACGGUUAAUCAGAAUCCUUAUGGAGAAAAUGAAUGGGGUUUUUCACUUUCGAAACCACAAUAUAGAGCUCUAUUCAGUCCAAUAGGAAUUACUCACCCGGUACAAAGUAGAACUAUAUGCGGGUCCACAGUACUACAGGACACGCCCUCGAAACGGUCAGGUUGGGUUAUGUUAAAGCCGCCAAAAAUGUGAUUAGGGUUAGGCACAAGAACUACUUGGUUAUUUUUAGGAUUAUGUUUGUUUUUAGGAAUGGUUAGGGUUAUCGUGUACCUUAUCUUAACUCAUGGUUUGGGUUUAAAUAAGUGUGUUAAUGCAGAAAAUUAUCUGAAGGGGUGUGUGUGUUGUGUAUAUUUACAAAUCUAGAACCUCCAUAGCUAAAAACAAAUUCAUAAUAAAAAUCAUGAUUGACCUAGCAUGCAGUUUGAGGUGUCAGUACCGCGAGUGGUAAAAAUUGGAAGCAAGGCAGAGCGGCGGUGCCGACCCUCGGACUAAUUAUACAUCCAACACACACACACACACACACACACACGCAAACUUGCGAAUAUCAGUGGCAGCGUUUAUUUCAGUGGCAUAUUUUUACGUCUUUUUAUACACUCAGAACUGUUAUUACUGUUAUCAUGUUCGCAUUACUCUUGCCGUUUGUUUUAAUCGUCCCACGGUGCCAGGUGGGUGGGGUUUAGCUUAUCUAACACUCCCUAUGCGCUAACAUUAGGCGAUCAGUCACAGGAAAGUUUAUUAAAUUAACACAUUUCAGACAUCACUGACUGUGAAAUGUUUGUGUUUACCACAGUGGAAACAUUCAGUCUGAUAUCAAAGUGGACUAAAACAAGCCAUAAAUAAAUAAAAUGCAGUUUUAUCAUAAUUUUAAAUAUAUAAAUUGGAAUAACUUGCAGUACAAACAAUAGCAUCUGCUUGUUUAUAUACAUAUUAGAAAUGUAAUUAAAACACUAGUUAUUCAUGUUUUGUCAAAUGAGUUAGAUUUUACGACUUGUAAUUGAAUUGUAGCUCAACAUAUAUGAGAUAACGAGAGUAAACUUGUAUUUUUCAGUGUCAGUGUUUGAUUAAAUAUUGUGAUGCUACUAUACUUAUUUGGCCUUAGUCUUUCAACUCUAUGUCCUUAUUCAAUGUCUGUUUUGGGUUAUUUUAGACAAGUUCUCUGUGCCUGAAAUUAGAAUAAGCUUUCAGUUAUUGUUACGGUUUUAUCCUGUUUGCAUUCUAAAGCUAAAUAAAGCUGAUGAAGCACAA